AUGUUUCUUUUGGUGAUCUUUAGAAAGUUAAACUUAAUUGUUGCCUGUUGUAAAAUGGAAAAAGAAAUAUUUCUUAAAAUAUUUAAUAAUGUUGUAUUAAGUAGAUUGAUAUUCGAUAACGUUAGAUAUAUUCACACGGCAUGCCUCAAAACCAAAAAGGUCUAUAGGUGGGAGGAAGUUCUCAGUCUACCGUAUGUUAUGGUGGGCAACAACUAUUUCCAAAUGUUUAAAAACUACUUUUACAAGAAUAAAGUGGAAACGCUGCUACAGAAUUUCAAUGCGAUCAUCAUCAACGCCACUCGAACAGGUAACCUCGAGAUUCUAAGAUACGUGAUCGACGAAAUACAAUUUGAAAUCAUGAUUCGCUGCAAUCGUUCGCUGCAACUCGAUAUGUUGGCAUCGGCGGCACUCAACGGUUAUCUCCACAUCGUGAAAUACUACCAGUCGAAAACGAAAUUCCGAUUCGAUUGCGAACUGGCGCUAAAGAUGGCGAUAGAAGGCGGACAUAUCCAACUGCUGGAAUACCUGGUGGGCGUCGCCAAACAAAUCGAAUCAUCAUCGUCAUCGUCAUCGUCAUCGUCGGUUGUUAUUUCCGAUCAUCGAAUUAUAGACCACGCCGCCAAGUGUAACCGUUUCGAUAUUGUUCGAUACUUGCAUUCGGCCAACGUCGGAACCGCCAGCAACAAAGCGAUGGACUACGCAGCACUCAACAAUAACAUUCAGAUGCUGAUGUGGCUGCACCACAACCGAGCGGAAGGCUGCACCUCCGACUCCUAUUACCACGCCAUCGAAAACAACAACUUGGAGAUGCUGAAAUGGCUCUACGAGAAUACAUCGAAAGGUCAGCAGAUGGCACCGAACGCACUCAGAAAAGCAGAGGCAAAAGGUAACCUCGAGUUAAUCCAAUGGUUAAAAGCUAUUGAGAGGAAACAUCUCUAUUCACAGCGCUGUAAAGAGAUACAAAAUCAAACCAAUACGAAUCUAUCGACUUCUAUUAAAAUGUAA